AUGGAGAUCACCCCCAACAGACAUGCCGUGAGCUUCGUGCGGCCACUCACACGCCUGAGGAUCCACAAACAGAAGAGCGUCUUCUCCGGCACCUACAAGAUCUGCAAAUUGGCUGCCAAUGUCCCCGACCUGGUGGUGUUUGAGGGGCUCGACCGGCCCAUCCCAGAUGUGGAACAUUUUCAUGGAGUCCUUCUGUUUGCUGACAUCUCAGGGUUCACCAGCCUGACCGAGAGAUACACAAAGAACAGUAAAAAGGGAUGUGGGGCUGAUCAUCUGACCAGAGAACUCAAUGGUUACAUCUCAGAAAUUGUGGACCAUAUUCUUCAAGCGGGCGGAGAUAUUGUGAAUUAUGCAGGUGAUGCAAUGCUGGCCCUUUGGAGAGAGCGCAGGAAAGCACUCAGUGACAUUAUCUCUUUAGCCGUCAAAUGUAGUCUAAAUAUCCAGGAUAAAUGUGAUAACAGGGACACGGAAAUAGGAGUCAAACUCAGAGUAAAAAUAGGUAUUUCAGCAGGAAAGCUAUCGAAAGUGGUGAUGGGAGAUCAUGAAUCUCGCUAUUAUGCCCUGAUUGGCUGCGCGGUUGAUGAAGUGCGCAAAGCUGAAGGUCUUGCUUUAGCCAAUACUAUAAUCUUAUCCCCAAAUGCCUGGGAGCUCUGUGACCGAGACAAUAUAGUGGUUGAGCAAAUAGAAAAUGACCGGGCUGUUAAGGUACGAUACAUUAAGAGAGAUCCCCAAUUUUCAGUUGAAGAUUAUACCAAGUCGUUCGGAAACCAUUUGGAAUAUCAAGAAGUCAGUGUUAGUAGAAAAGCAAUAAGAAAAACAUCGAGACUAUUGCCAAACCAGCCCCUCGAAGCUGUUCUUCGUAAAUAUCUCUUGAGAACCGUGUUACUUAAGAUCGAUGACGGAGUGCCUUUAGAAUAUUUGUCCGAAAUGCGUCCAGCAACAGUGGUGUUUGUUAACCUGCAGUUUGUGGAGGCUGCUACUAUGCACAAUCAGUGCCAAUCAAUACAGGCCUGUUGUCUUGAAAUUAACAAUGAAUUCAAAAAAUAUCAGGGAAGAAUAAAUAAGGUCUUUAUGUUUGACAAAGGCUGUACGUUUCUCUGUUGUUUUGGUCUGCCUGGCGACAAAGGAGAAGAUGAAUGUGCAAAUGCUCUACAGUCCGCACAUAACGUGCAUGAAUUCUGCACUAAAAUGCUUAAAUUUGUCAGUGUGCCGUCUAUUGGUAUAGCCACCGGGCCUUUAUUCUGUGGAGUGGUUGGACACCCUCUAAGACAUGAAUAUACAGUCAUCGGUCGCAAGGUUAAUUUGGCAGCAAGGCUGAUGAUGACCUAUCCUGGUGUGGUUUCCUGUGAUGAACAGACACACUAUCAUGCCAAGAUGCCAUCUUCCUAUUUUAGUGAACUGCCUAAACGAGCUAUGAAGGGUGUGCAAAAUCCAGGGCCUAUUUACCAGUAUUUAUCCAAAAAACAUCAAAAAAUACUUGGAAAACCUCGGAUUUCUGUUGAAAAGGAGGAAGGUUACCCUAUUUUAGGUCGGGAGAAAGAGAUUGAAGUUUUCAACAAAGCCCUAAAAAUAUAUGCUGAAACAAAAAAUUUGCCUUCAAUUAAUUACUGCCAAGUGGUUAUGUAUGAGGGAACAGUUGGAUGUGGAAAAAGCAAACUAUUAUCUGAAGUCAUCCGCAGAGCACAAGGAGAAGGAUUUAGGGUGUUGCCAUUUGAGUUGGGGAAAAUGGAUAUCACCGAGUCUUAUUACACCAUCCAAACUAUGUUGGCUUUACUGCUCCAAGUCAACCACUGCAAAAGCUACGUAGAACGAGAGAGAGUUUUACUUAGCAAAAUAAUAGUCCGAGAGCAGAUUGUGGAUUUGUGUCUAUUAAACGACCUUCUUUUUGUGAAGUUUCCGAUUUCAGAAAGAGUAUCUCUCAUGGACUCCAACACCAAACAUAAGACAUUUAAGAACUAUGUGAUCACAAUUAUCCAGCAGGCGACUAUGAGUGAAAAUAUUCUGUUUGUCAUUGACCAAGUUCAAUAUAUCGACGUACAGUCGUGGGAACUGAUUGUGCAGUUGCGCGCCAGGACGGGUAUAUUCCUGGCGAUGGCGUUGAGACCCUUCACUGCAGAAAAGCCCCCUUGUCCUGCCGCAGUCAUUGUCAUGAAGAGCCACAGAACUGCCUACAUAAAGCUCUCAGGCUUAGACUCCAGUAUAAUCCGACCACUCGCUUGUCAGAUCCUGGGGGUGAUUAGUAUCCCGCGGGAGCUGGAAAUCCUGCUGACUGAACGUAGCUAUGGCGUGCCCUAUUACUGCGAAGAGAUCCUCAAGAGCCUGUAUUUCAGUGACCUGAUCAUCCUGGAGCCCCUGGAGGAGGAGGAGGAAGAUGAGAGCGAUACCGUACUCUCCUACAUGCGAAACAAAUUGACACAAAAUCGCUACCUGCACAAAAACAGGGGGUCAAAGAAAUUAAGCAAAUUUAUAACGGAAAUAGAAAACCCCAAAUGCCGAAAGAUUAUAGCACUGGACAAGAGUGCAAAAAUGGAUAAUCAGCAAUUUAUCUGCACGAUUGGUGAAACUGUAAACCUUCAGGAGAUUACUAUUCCACUUACACUUAAAGGUAUAGCCUUAGCACAGCUUGACAGGAUGAACCCCACAGAGCAGAUGAUUGUUAAGUGCGCAUCCAUCAUCGGACACACUUUCACCACCAAAAUGCUUCGAUACAUCUUACCCGAAGGGGCCGAACUCAAGCUGAAUCAGUCCCUUAUCUCGCUGGUAAAAUCACGGACUCUGGAAUGUGCGUCGAGAAGCGACGAAGCCUGGAGUUCAAUCCUAGAAGACAACGAAGACUUCCAUGUGCUGCAGUGUUUCUGCCCGAUCACGCCUGAUGAAGAUGAAGAACACGAUGAAGAGAAAGGUCCAUCAGUCCCCAGCAAAGACAAGGAACUUAUCUGGCGUUGCAAACUGAUGCGAUUCUGCAUUGCACUCGUGCACGAAACAGCCAACGAGCUGUGGCUAAAGCAGCAGAAAAAGGCACUUCACAUAAAAUGCACCCGGUUUCUGGAGACUGCUGCCCACAGGUGCAGCUCCUGUGGGGAAGGCGACUUUAUAUACAAACACGAAGCCAUGCUUAAAACCAAUGAAAACAUCAAGAUAAAAAAGGAAUCGUCUCAAACUUCCAGUAUUGUGGCUGUAGCUUCGGUUCCCAGUGUGGAAACCAACAUCCAUUCAGAGACGAAUUUAAAAUACCUAACAUCGGGAAACUCUGGUUCCCGGGAGAUGUUUCGAGCCUCGGCUUCGCUGUCUGAUCCACAGUUUGGUUCUUUCGUGUUCCCGGAGAAUAUUCACAUUGGAACCACAGAUACUAAUGGAGAACAUUCAAGUAACGAGAGCAGCGAUAAUGAUGAUGUUUCCCUGACAAUCUUUCCUUUAACUUCUCAUCAUGGUGAAGGGAUUAAUAAAGCCAUGCUUUCUUACAGCCAUGAUGAAUACAUCAUUCAAAAGUUCAACAAAGUGCUCACCGAUUGUGAAAACGAUAAGUCGCUGAGUUUCAAGAUGUGUGAAUGUAAAGCCAUAUUGGACGCUGUAUUUGUCCCACUGGUUCGCCACUGGAUGGGAGCUGGACACGUGUCUAAAGCAUUCUUUUAUCUGCUUGAAACUGCUGCAGCUGCUUUGUAUUUAUCCAAUAACUUGAUGGCCAUGUCAUAUAUAAUAGAAGCACAGAAUAUGCUUUCAUUGAUGAAAACAGGGAAACUUCCUUUUGAAUUUGCUGAUAUCACAACCAAGCUAAAAAUCUCAGCUUAUGAGAAAGCCUGUUUGUAUAGCCUCAAAGGACAGGUUUAUUUUAACCUUAGCCAGUUGACUGAAGCGGAGGUACUGUUUAGGAAAGCCUUACGUCUGCUGAACAAGACGUUUCCGAAAAGCUUUCUGGGACAACUAUUGCUCUACGUCAUUGAGAAUUACAAAAUAUCUAAGAGAUCUCACACCAAGAGAAACAUAUCUGCACUCCCCAUUGAUGACAUCUCACCUCAGGUUCAUGGGCAGAUCUGUUGCCUCUCAUUCUUGUGGCAGAUUUACUGCCUUAAGAGAUGCAGGAGCUAUAAAUUACCUGCCUUGUUAACUGUGUUAAUGGAGGUGAACAAUGUUGAACAGGCCAACGCUGAACUCAAGAUCAUUUCUUCUUACAUUGAUUCUUUCCGAUGUUACCAUUGUAUGGGCUGUAAUCAGAAGUACAGGAAGUACGAGAUGUUAGCUGUGGAUAAAUGCCUCGCCCUUGAGCAGAAUAAAUAUGGGUUACUGAUGCUGGGUGAAUUGAUCUGUGCACUUUCCAGUAUCAAACUGUGCAAUGGACAACCCACAGAAUGUAUUCAAUACGGACGCCAAGCGCACAAGAUUGCUGGAAUUCUAAACAAGCCAAGUCUCGAUGUCUCCAUAAUUCCUGUUCUGUUAAAGGCCUUGAUCGUCUGCAACAGAAUUCCACAUUAUAUUAAGGUAGCAUUGUAUUUGAUGGAGUUUUCAGUCUAUCGUGAGAACAUAAUUGGACAAGCAUCAUUUUAUGCAGCAUGUCUAGAUCUUUUGCUUCAAGAAGGGGUUUCACUGAGAGCAUUUGAUGAAUGUUAUGCUUUUAUCAAUGCAAACAUCGAUGAUCCUAUUCUAAAGGCUGAGAGGAGUUUGAUGUUGAACCUUCACGCAUCAGUCGCACUCUGGUUUCUCAGACUGUCCGAAUGGUCCAAUUCUCGCGCCUCGUUUAAGAUGGCAAAGAGAUUGGUGUCUCAGACCAACGCUUCACUCUUCUCUAUGUACGGCUAUGCCAAGCUCCUGGAGUGUCAGAUUCUGGUCUUCCGAAAAGCAUUGUGGGAAAAACAGGAGAACGUGAUGGAAGUCUAUCACCAGACCAAAGAGUAUCUGAAUGACUUCAAGGAACGGUGUUGUAACAACCCACUUUAUUAUGCACGACUCUUCCAUCUUCGAGCAUACAGCUACAUGUUGGCCGGACAAUAUGGACGAGCAAAACAUUACCUUAAAAAAGCAACAAAGAUCAGUGAGGACCAUGGGAACAUCUUGGAGGGAAGCUGGUUAAAGCAAAGUGGAGUAAGUGUUACUUUUUAUUGACUGCCAUUGCCAUUUUAUUUUUGUAUUUGUGAAGUAAAGUAAGUAAAUUGCGAGGUAAAUCUAGCAGGUCUAACUAGCCAAAUUGGGGGAGUCAAUAUCGGGAUAGGGGCUGAGUGGAAACACCUC